GCGUUUUUGAGUUCCAUGUCUUUCAAGUGUGUUCGAGCUCUGGGAAGAAGAUGCAUGGUCAGCAGAACUGUUGAAUAGAGUGUCCGUCUUAUGCCUUCCUCCUGUUACCAUGGAUCAAAAGGAAGAGGAUAUUAUGAAUUGAGGCUUGCCGCAGCAUCAAUUCUGUUGGAAUCUUUACCCUAUAAGUUAUUAAACAUGAUUAUGCAUUCCAGCAACCUCCUUGGGACUCAAAUCCAGUUCCCUGGAUGACCCUGAUAGGUCACAGAUCCUAUGGUCUGGUCUGGGGGUGAGGAAUCUGGCUUUCAAGGACUUAAAGAGAUUAGCAAAAAUCUGGAAUGCAAAAGGCUACUGAGGAAGAUACCAUCACGUGCUAAAGAGAACAUGAGGAACCUUGUGCUGCUGUUUCUCUUGGCAGCCUUUGGACUUUGCUGGACCCAGUACAAGUCUAGUCCCAAACCUGUAAGGACCUCUAUUGUCCAUCUUUUUGAAUGGCGCUGGGUCGACAUUGCUCUUGAAUGCGAGCGGUACUUAGCCCAACAUGGAUUUGCAGGUGUUCAGGUUUCUCCUCCAAAUGAAAACCUUGUAAUUAUGAAUCCCUGGAGACCAUGGUGGGAGAGAUACCAGCCAGUUAGUUACAAAUUAUGUUCACGUUCUGGAAAUGAAAGUGAGUUCAGAGAUAUGGUGACUAGAUGCAACAAUGUUGGAGUCCAUAUUUUUGUGGAUGCUGUAUUCAACCAUAUGCUCAAUUCAGCAGCCGGAUCUGGCAAUCGUGGUAUUUGUAACAGCUAUUUCAAUGCAGAACUCCAUGAUUUUCCUGCUGUCCCAUAUUUGAAAUUUGAUUUUAAUGACCCAAUAUGUAAAACACCCAGUGGGGAUAUUGAAAACUACAGUGAUCCUAUUCAGGUUCGUUACUGUCGACUUUAUGGACUCCUUGACCUUUCCCAGUGGAAAGAUGAUGUGCGUUCAAAAAUAAUUGACUUCCUGAACCACCUGAUUGAUCUUGGCAUUGCAGGGUUCCGAAUUGAUGCUGCCAAGCACAUAAGGCCUGAGGACAUAAAUGUUAUUUUAAGCAAGCUAAAUAAUCUCAAUACCCAGUGGUUCACCAAAGGUUCACGACCUUUCAUCUAUCAAGAGGUAAUUGAUUUGGGUGGUGAAGCUGUCCAAAGCUCUGAAUAUUUCAGAAAUGGCCGAGUGACUGAAUUUAAAUAUGGCACGCAGCUUGGGGCUGUUCUUCGAAAAUGGAAUGGACAAAAGAUGGCAAAUUUGAAGAACUGGGGAGAGAGCUGGCAUAUGAUGCCAUCUAAUAAAGCCUUCAUCUUUGUAGAUAAUCACGACAACCAAAGGGGACAUGGAAGUGGUGGGGCCUCCAUUCUCACUUUUUGGAACCCUAGACUCUAUAAGAUGGCAGUUGGGUUUAUGCUUGCUCAUCCCUAUGGUUUCACACGAAUCAUGUCUAGCUACUGGUGGCCAAGAGAUAUCCAGAAUGGAACGGACUUGAAUGAUUGGGUUGGACCGCCAAGCAAUAGUGAUGGAUCCAUUAAACCUGUGAUAAUUCAUGCAGAUGGAACUUGUGGCAAUGGCUGGAUCUGUGAGCACCGUUGGGAUGAAAUUCGAAACAUGGUGAUAUUCCGAAACGUUGUCUUUGGGGAGCCAAUUACAAAGUGGUGGGACAAUAAUAACAAUCAGGUGGCGUUUGGACGGGCUGGCAAAGGAUUCGUUGUGUUUAAUAAUGAUAACAGGAACUUGUCGGUAAUCCUUCCAACUGGCCUUCCUGCUGGAAUUUAUUGUGAUGUCAUUUCAGGACAAAAGGAAGGCAAGGCUUGCACAGGAAUUCAAAUCCACGUUGCUGCUAACAGCAUGGCUCAUUUUCAGAUUAAUUACCAAGCAAAGCAUCCAUUCAUUGCAAUUCAUGUUGAAGCCAAAUUGUAAUACUUACUGAUUACCAUUUCUCUUAUUUAGUUCGCUUUUGUUUUCUGUGUAUUAUAAAGCUGAUUUUUUUU